CGUAGUUUUGUAUGGGACCCGACACUCAUUGUGUCACAGAUAAUCUCAAUGCAGUGCAUCUUUUAUGGACUUUUAGGAUUUUGGAUUUGUAUCAUGGACUUCAUUGCUGGAGCUGAUAAAUCAUUAGAUCAGAUGUUUAAAUACCAGGAGCUGCAGUUUAAGGGGUUGAGUGGGAGGCUUCUUGUAGGUGCUUAUGCACUUAAUGCAUUAACAUGUGCAUUGGGACUAUGGUAUAUAGUAAAAAGGACAAAACAGUGUUUGGACUUCACUGCAACAGUACAUUUCUUUCAUCUUCUAAUAUGUUGGUGCUAUAACCUUGCCUUCCCACAAACUCUAACAUGGUGGCUAGUCAAUUUAAUAUGCGUGGCGAUUAUGACUGUAGUCGGAGAGUACCUCUGCAUGAGGACUGAAAUGAAAGCCAUACCUCUAAGUCUGGGGGUGAAAACAGAUCUUUAGAGUUAGCUCGAUUCACCGGUAAUCAGCACCAUUUCGUAAAAUUGCCUGUAAAUCCAUGUGGAUAUCUCAGUGGUUACAAAUACUAAGGAAUGGAUUAUAAGAUAUGUGCAUCUACAGCGAUUCUUCAGUUAUGUCCAGAUUAAUUAGUAGGCUCUCAUUAGUUCAAUUGGAUAUGAGGGUAUUUGUCUCAGACAAGAAUAUGCCUGAAGAGUACCCCUAUCUGCAGCAAUCAAUUGUACCUGGAAAGUCAAACUCAACUGUAGCUUAGUCCAGCAUUUACCCAUAGCAUGUAAACAUUAUUUAUCAAAAACAUGUAGCAAAUGUUCAGUCUGGUAGUACAUAUUGCAGAGUCUUCUUGAAUUGAAGAAGAGAUUGGAAAAUAGAUGUCCCUUAACAGGGGUUUCACUAGAAUU